AUACAUUAUAUGAAAGUUGAAAAAGCUGAUUAGACGCGUGUUUUUUCUGCCAAUGAUAUAAACUUUGAAACAAACUAAUCUACCUAGUGUGAAAAUAUUUUGGCUGAGAAUAUCAAAAAUUCUGAAUUGGAUGUUUCUUUGAUUUUAUCAGAAAACAAUAAAAAAGACAGUAUUUACUUAUAUAAUUUAGGAGAAUCAAAAAAAGAGAAUGUUAAUUCAUAUCUCAUAAAUAAACGAGCCUUCUAAGAAUAAAGGCGAUUUAUAUUGAGAACUUUAUGUUUGAUUUAAUUUCAUCUAUUGGCACCAUUGCUUCUUUGUGUGUUUUGCAUGUUUAAGACAUUUAUUGUAGAAUUACUAUACGACAAGGAAGAAUAGAAAUUUACAUUUUUAUUUUAUAUUAGUGUGGCUUUGGAAAUAUUUAUAUUGUUUUCAGUCACAUUGUCGACUAAAAAUGCUAGAAAAAUACCUUAUGCUUAGAGUGCAUAUGUCUUUUUUGGUAUAUUUUUGUCAUUAAUUUUGGCUGGAUUAUAUUCAUCAAUUUAUUAUUCUGACAAUUAAAAUGUUGGAUUUAUUAUUCUUGCUUUGAUUAAUAUAUUUUAGGGAUCUAAUGCAGGAGCACUUUUUUAUUUUGCUACAUUGAAACAAAAAAAAUCAAUAUUAUGUAUAAUUUCACUUCUAUUUAGAUUCAAUACCAUUUAUUUGUAUUUUCCCACUACUUCUUAGUUUAAUUUAUAUGUUUUUCAUGUAAAAUGAAUUUCUAAAGUUUGCUUGUUGGAUGAUUGCAUUAAUUUCAAUAGUUUUAGCAAUUUUAUCAGUGAAUGCCUUGUAUUAAAUAAUUGAUGGAGCAGUAAUUAAAUUAUAUAAUUUAAAAAUAGUUUAGAUUAGAAAAAGACUAACAUUGUAUUGCCACUAUAUUUAUAUAUAUAAAAAUGAUUGUUUUUUGCAAAGAAUUUUGACUGAAUUAUUUAUUUAUAAUUUUUAUUAUAAUAUGGAUAGCAUAAGAGAAAGACUUUUACAAUUAGAUCAAUAGGCAUAACAAUUUUAAUAAUAAAAUAAAUAUUUAGAAGCUUUGAAUGUCUUCGAGGAAAUGUUAAUGAUAAAAAAGUCAGCUUAUGGAGAGGAUUCUGAAGAAUAUUUCAAAACAAGUGAUAAAUUAUGUGAAUUAUGUAACUUAAUCGCUAUGAUUUUCUUGUAAAAAGAAAAAUUUGAUGCAUCAUUAGAAUUUUUAAAGAAAGCAGACAUGUUAGCGCAAUCUAGUACUAGAUAUAAGUAUUAAAGUGUUAAUAUUAAUUAUUUUUUAUUAGAGCAAUAACAUACAAUAAUUUAGCUUGUUUUUACAGAAGAAAUGGAAAAUUAAGAAGUGCUUUAUAAUAUUUACAAUAAGCUUUGGAAAUUGAAAUUCGUUAAGAAACAGCACCAUCUUUAGCUGAUACUCAUUUGAAUAUGUGUGCUGUAUUAUCUUAAUUAAAUAGAGUAAGGAAUGUUAUAUAAUAGCACGCUGAAGCAUUGGAACAUGCAUUAAUAUCAGUAGUAUUACUAUAAGAUGAAUUUUUAAUGAAACCACCUGAUUAAAAAAUGGAACAAAGUUAAAAUUAAGAUUAAAAGUCAGGUGAAUAGAAGAUGAAAGAUAGAGUAGCUGUCUUAGCAAUAGCUUAUCAUAAUUUAGGAGUUGAAUUUGAAUAUUUGAAAAGGUUUGAUGAAGCAAUUUAAACAUAUUAAAAAGCUGUUAGAUUUGGUGAACUUCAUCUACCAGCCGAUCAUCAAUUAGUAAAAUUAAUUAGAUAUUUUAGAUUGGAAAUUUAAAGAAUGUUUUAGGAAAUGCUUAAGAAUAAAUUAAUCAAUAAAGAGCUAAAGAUACUAAUAAAAGAUAAUAGAAAGAAUUAUAAAGUAGAAAUCAAAACAAAAGGAAAUUAGUAGAAGUAGAAGCAACAUAUAAGUAGACAAAUAAAAAAAAAACUGAGAAGAAUGUUCAACAUUAAUAACAAUAAGUAAUGGGAUAGACUAUGCGUUCUAAUCCAUAAAAUAAUAGCGUUAAUAUAAGAGAGGAUGAUCAAGAAUAAUAAGGUGGUGUUCAAUAAGAAUCAAGUUAUAAUGAUCAUGAUGAAUUGCAAUAAGAGGCUUAAAUUUAAUUAUAAUAACAAUAAUAAUGA